CUCCACAUUUCAACCAACAGGCGCUGGUCGCUUUUUUAUUUUUUGUACACAAAAAAAUAAAUUUGAUCCAUCGGUCGUUUCGUUGACCGUUUAACGGCACAAUUAUAAAACUUUUGCACCAUGCCGAGUAGCACGUCUCUGCUGGAGGCCGACGAGGGAGAGUCCGAGGUCCCACCACCGCUAGUGCACGCUUUCGCCGGUAUGGGCCUCGAAGAGCACCACGGCACCCAGAGUCAGACCCUCGAACAACCCGAUGAGAGCGUCUCCUUCCACCACCACCACCAGCUCCUCCCGGUUUCUCAUUUCAACCUUCUCGGUACGGUGUUAGACUUGAAGCCGCUUCAUCGGCCGCCCUCGGGAGACGAAGUGAGCAUGACGGCAGCACCCGAAGACGAGGAUCCAGAAGUUGUAGCCACCUCCGGCUGCACCGGUAGCUCGUUGCUAGCGCAGGCCCACCGCCACCAGCUACUCCCGCAGGGGCCGGGUGGCACCGUGCUGCCGCCCGGGAUGGAGCCGUCGCAGGUGGAGACGGUCUUAUUAUACAACGGAGACGAGCGGGAUGAUGCUGGAGUCGGCGGCAGCGCCCUGCUACCGCCAACCAGCAGCAUGGCGAUGCUACCGCCUGGCGUGUACGGAGAGCCGGGCUACGAGGCCGAAGCGGCGUUGUUGUCUCGGCGGAAGAGCGUGAACACCACCGAGUGUGUGGCCGUGCCGAGCUCCGAGCACGUCGCGGAGAUCGUGGGCAGGCAGGGCUGUAAGAUUAAGGCCCUUCGAGCCAAGACAAACACCUACAUAAAGACACCGGUUAGGGGUGAGCAGCCUGUCUUUGUUGUAACGGGACGCAAGGAAGAUGUGGCCAUGGCCAAAAGGGAGAUCCUGUCUGCAGCUGAGCACUUCUCCCUCAUCAGAGCCUCUAGAAACAAAGCGGGCCCACUGUCCACAGCAUCUGGUCCAGGGACCCCUGCUCUACCUGGACAGACGACUAUUCAGGUGCGGGUGCCAUAUCGUGUUGUCGGGCUGGUUGUUGGUCCCAAAGGGGCAACCAUCAAGCGCAUUCAACAACAGACCCACACCUACAUUGUAACUCCGAGCCGUGACAAAGAGCCCGUGUUCGAGGUCACCGGGAUGCCUGAGAAUGUGGACCGGGCGAGAGAGGAGAUAGAAGCGCACAUCGCUAUCCGCACUGGAACCUGCGGAGGCAUUGAGGUUCCAGGUGUAGACAACAAUGACUUUCAAUUUAACGGGACAGACGUCAGCUUUGAGAGUUCUGCGGCGGCGGCGGCGGCGGCGGCGGCGGCAGCGGCAGGGUUGGGGGAGGCCGGGUGGCUUCAUGCGGGUGUAUCAUCAUCGGGUGGUGUUGGCGUGCUGCCAAUGAGCAUCAACGGUACUCAGAGAAUCAAUAGCAAUAUUAACAGUGGUGUCAGGAUGUCUUCCACCUACCGUAAUGACAGCUCCAGCUCCCUCGGCAGCGGCUCUAGCUCAGCUGAUUCCUUCCCCGGCAGUGGAAACGGUAACCGGAUGGCAGACUUCAGCCCGAACUGCACAUUUAAUGCAAAUUCUAACAACAACAACAACAACAGUAGUAAUGGCAGUGGUACAAGUUUCUGGUUUGGCGACAGCGUCCUUCCAGUGGGGUCUGAGGAGCUGGUCGGCAUAGAAGGAGGCUCCUCCUCAGGAUAUGACCCAUUAACCAUCUCCACUGCCCAAACCUCGCACCCUGCUGCACAGCCCCACAUCUGGAGCCCCUUCGUGGACCACCAAACCCUUCAGGCCUUCGAUGCUCGUCAAACUCAGACCAGUCAACCCGGGACGCCCCGGCUUUCCCCAACCUUCUCUGGGACAGAGGCCUUGGAGCACCCUCAGGCCCAGCGUGUUCACCGAGGGGCUUUUGGUUCGGCCGGGGCCGUUGACGCUCACAGGCUCCCCUCCUACUGCUCGGCCUUCUCCUCUUCCAGUGAAAGCACCGCUUCCUCCUCUUCCCCUCCUGAAUCCUCCCUUUCCUUUCGACCUGGGUUUGGAUCAGCAGGGAGAGGACAGGAGAUAUGUAUCCACUGUAUGGAUAGCCAGGUGAUCGCUGCCUUGGUUCCCUGUGGCCAUAACCUCUUCUGUCUAGAUUGUGCCACCCAAAUAUGCCAGGGUUCAGAUGCGGUGUGCCCUGCGUGCCUGUCACCGGUUACACAGGCCAUUCAGCUCCGCAACAUGUGAUUUUAAAAUGUAUUCACCUUAAUGGCUGAUGAGGGAUCAGCCUUCCCAACACUUCCAAUUCAUAACGUGUGUAGGGAAAAUUACAAAACUGACCCCGAAUCAGUGUUUAGGUGCAUCUUCAACUUGGUUUUAGUUGAGAAAGGUGAGGAAGAGUAGCUGAAUAAGGAAUGAUCUGUAUUUAGGGCAUGGGUGAGG